CAAUCGAAUGAUAACCAGGGACAGUCCAUAAUUGCUUGUGAACGUGAGAACUACUACACGCAGCAUAUAGAACAGAUUUUCUAUCUGUUUAACAAAAAAAAAAUAUAUAUAUCAAGUGGAGGAAGUGUGUUUGAGUGUUUUUUAUUUCUUGUUCAUAAACGAACACUUAAGUGGUGCUAAUAAAGCAAUUAAAAACAUACAAGAACAAUAAAAAAUUUAUAAUAACGGACAAACAUUUGAAUUUGUUUAAACAAAAAACUAAAAGAACUUUUCAAAAAGAGUGUUAGAAAAAAAAACCAAAUUCAAAAUGAAGAAAUUUUUAAAUUUAAUAAUUUUCGUUACAAUUUUCGUAACACUUGCUGGCAGCAAAUAUGUUCCAGAAGAAACUAUUAUAAAUGUUAAGGAUUAUGUGUCGGAAAAACAUGAAAUUAAUGCUGAAAACAAACCAUUACACAGGGAUUUACAGCAAAGUGGCCAUCAAUACCUGCUUAAAUUGAAUAAUAAUGAAGACAAUGAUGAUAAUGAUGAACAUAAUUAUGAUGGCCAACAGAGUUUAUUUAAUGCACAGCAGGCAAAAACAAAUGCACACCAACUACAACCCAUACCAAUGCAACAAAAAUCAUACGAUAUCGAUGAUGACGUCGUGGUUAAAGCAAAAAAUCGCACGAAUAAUGUCUAUGAGAAUUUGGAGGCACAACCAACUGGUUUAGCAGAACAACAACAACAACAUCAUGCACAUAAUAAUGACGUAUUGCUGGCAAAUAAUGCUGAUGACAAUGACGAAUCUUAUGCUACCCUACCGCAUUCUAGACAAAAGCGCCAAUUGUCCGAUUUUUUAAUAGCCCCCAAUACACGCUGGUGUGGUCGUGGCAAUACCGCCAAUGGCACCUAUAAUCAUUUGGGUGGUGCCUCCAUGGCUGAUAAAUGCUGCCGCACUCAUGAUCACUGCAAACUCUAUAUACCCGCCAUGAGUAAUCGCUUCGAUUUGUUCAACUAUCGUCCCUAUACCUUGUCGCACUGUAAUUGUGAUCGCCGUUUUCGCACCUGCCUAAAAAUGGCCAGCGAUGAAGAUGCCAAUACCAUAGGCAAACUGUUUUUCAAUUUGGUACAGACCCAAUGCUUCGUAUUGACCAAAGAAGUUGUGUGCCAGCAGCGUGGCAGUGAUGGUACUUGUCUCAAAGAGCACAUUAAACAAAAAGCUUAUUUAAGGAACAAUAAAAAGUAUUAAACGUAUAAAAAGGAAAAGAAGGAAAGUAAGAAAGAAAGAAAUAUAAUAAAAAAGCGCUUCCAUGAAGUGUCUCAAAAAAACUCUCAAGCACCUUGUAACCUCAUUCUCUUAUACCUCUUUUUAAUAAUAAUUAAUUUUAAAUAAAUAAGUUUCCUGAAUCCAAAAUGUACUUAAACACGUACCCCCUUACAUGUUAAAAUAGAGAAUAUUUGCUCCUAUCAACAAGCAAACAAUCGCCCUUUACCUGUAGUAGGGUAUUGUUUACAUUUACAUUUGUCUAUUAAAUAUGCUGCAGCUAUUUGUCGUCUAAAUUGCAUUAAAUGACGUUUGCCUCUAAUUAAGGCCAAUGUGUAAAUUCUUAUUAAGUUGUCUCUGAAGCUAAUCAAAAUCAACAAUAUGCUGGUGUUAACAAUGUUUUAUUUUUGUUUUACAAAGAAAACCUUAGGUUAACAAUUAAUCAUAUAACAAAUAUUGUAAUUUAAUAUUGGGUAAACAAAUACUAUAAAUAGUUUUUUUUUGUUACAUUAAAUUACAAAAAUAUAAAUUUAUCAAAUAGCAAUGACAAUGAGAGUGUAUUAGUUCUAGUAUUUAACUGAUAAGCCUUAAUUUAAUUUAAAACAAAACAAAACAAAAAAUACUUAUUAAACAUUCUUAAAUAUGUAAUCAUCAUUGAUUUUAAUUAAAUGUUAGGAAAACAACGAAUUUAUUAAAAUUUCAAAUUAUGUACUCAAAACAUAUUGUAGAUUAGUUUAAGUAGACAUUUUUUAAAAAGAGAUUUUUAACAUACAUAUUAUAUUAAAAGUAAAAAAAAAACAUUCUUUAUUAAAUAGUUGUUAUAAAUAGAAUUUUAUUAUACAUAGUUUUAAUAUUAUUAUUAUACAUACAUAUAAAUAAUAGAAAGUAAUAAAAACAAGUAUUUAUUCAAACUUAAAA